UUGAAUUUGGUGAACUCAAAGACGGCCAAAAUGUCCGACGGCCAAAUGGCAAAUCAACUCAACGUGCAACAGCAGGAACAACAUCCGCUGCUCUCAGCCAUCUCCGGAAAUAAUUAUGCUCAAACGCAGCGUGUGCAUUACUAUCCCAACCACUACUACCCGAGCCACUACUUGCCGGGCCAUUACCACCAAGGACUCCAAGGAUACCAGGGGCAGCAGGGAAGACCACCGCUCCUGGCGGCCGCCAGCAGCCACAACGGUGCUUAUGCGGCCACGGCGGCUGGCAGCGGACACUCCGGCUACGGCGGCAUAGAGCCAUCCGUGGAGUACGAGCUGCAGCAUGACCCACCCUCGGGUAGCUUCUCCUCCUUUCAUCCGAGCAGUGCGGGCAGUGGGCCCGCAUAUCCAUCUGCCCACCAUCCCCCGCCUGGGCCACCACCGCAUCCUCCGCCCACCAAAUCGUCAAAGAAAUCGAAGAAGAGCAGCGGUUCGGUGAUGAACGCACUAACGCUGCUCUCGUUCUUCUUCUUUGUGAACAUGCUGCAGAACUGCCUGAAGGAUCAUAUGGCGGACAUGAAUCCCACCGUGAUGGUGCUCACAGCCAGCGGCACUCGCAACCGUUUCAACAAAUUAGCCGAGAUGAAUUCACGCGAACAGACCUCCACAACGGCCACCGAAUCGGCAACGGCGUCGGCAGCGGCAUCAUCUUGGAAUCAUCAGGCUGCUUUAGUUCCGGCCGUCGAGCCGAGUGUGCCGCCCUCCAUUGUUACGCCCACGGUGGUGCUGCAAUCGCCCUACAGCGGUCACACUGAGAUGGCCAAUAAGCCACCCCACCGACAGCCAACGGAGUACCAGUCGAACCCUCAGCAAAAUCACCACGAUUAUCGGCCCCACAUCGCGAAUGAUGAUGCUUAUAAUUACGGGCAGCGCAGACCUCCGCCUCAGACCUUCUCCACCUCCGAUGCCGGCGAUUUCUAUCCUAAUCGCACACACAUCGACCACUCGUCCCGGCCCGACUUUGAAUCGGAGUCGGGCUCCGAUUACUAUCAGCACCACUACAACCCGUAUGCUGGCACAAACUCCCGUCGGCAUCCUUGGUCUUAUGGCAGGCAGCGUUACUCAUCCGCACCGUGGUCUUCAGCUUCGUUGGGCGCUCAGUCGGGCGUGAGCUCUUACUUGGAUAAUGCCCAGCGCCGGCAAGGUGAUAAUGACGAUGGUCAUGGUUAUGGCUAUGGCUAUGGCCACAGGGAUAGGGAUAGGGAUACGGAUGCAGAUGGUUACUGGGAUGAGGACGAGAAUGGUCAGCAGCGGCGACGCAGCGAUGCUUUCUAUACUCGCACACGCAUUAAUUGAAUGCAAGAAUUCCGCGCACAUUUCUAUGUUGCAUGGCGGGGAUUUGCUGCAUUAACCCAUUGCACAAAAAUGGGGUGGCAUAAUGUGGAUGGGCAAAAAGAUGUGAAUGGAUUUUUUAGUGCAGCUAAAGCAGCGUUUAUGGCUUAUGGCAUUUUACAUUCUGUAAAUAUUAUCCACACUCUCGUUUUAGCUUAAAAACGCAAAUACCAAAUUUAACUUACUUGUAUUAUUUAUUCUCAGAUAAAUUUAUAAUGAUUUUACAUACGAUAUUAGAAUUAUUUUACUUUUAAAAGUUUUAAGACAUAAUGCACAACCGAGGGUUAAAAAUGCUUAGCUUACAUGUAUUUAUAAUUAAAAGCAAACAACGUGCAUAAGAGCUGACAAAAAAUGAAUGGAAAAAGGCGGUGGGGCGACGAGGCAGACACACACCCGGCAAGUUGGAAUCGUAAUGAAAAUAAAUGCUAAUUUGUUGCACAACAAAUUAAAAGUGCCCCCAGAUUCUGCCUGGCGCUUGGCUAAGACUUUAUUUUAUUGCCUGCCACAGCAACUAAGUUGCAAUUUCCCGGACUCACACUCCCGUUUGUCUAAUACAAAUCUGUUGCACUGCUACCUAGCUAGCAGUUUACUUAUUUAGUGGGAUUUCGUUCUUGGCUCCACAAUAAUCACGGCCAAUGAGCCGCAAAAGCAAACUCGUGUCUGUUGGCUGGUGGCAUGGGGUAGCUUUAAUUAACACAUUUAGCGCAAUUUAAAAUGCAUUUUGCCAUUUGGCGCGCGUGCACUACAAACAAUGCUAUCAAUUUCAACAACUUUGAUUAAACGUCAUUUGCAGUUUGCCGUUGCAUGUGUUGAUGCCUCCGACUGAUGCACUUUUUUCCCACCACGGUUGGCCAUGGGCAAGGGCUGAAGUUGAAGCUGCAAUUGGCAUUGUCAGCGCUUUGGCUGCGUCGCUCCUCUUUUGCUUCAUUUGCAAUUAAAUGCACGCAGCAGCAGAUGCAGUUGCAGUAGUAGUAGCAGCAGCAGCAGCAGCAGUUGCAGUUGCAUUUCGGCCUCAGCCUCAGUCGGCACUCAAAAGCGUAAUUUAAAAUUCUCUUGGCUACCAUUUUUCGAGGCCCUUUCUUCGCUUUGUGUCGGUGAUAUGGCUGGUUGGAGUGGAGGCUGCCAGUUUUCCACGCAUCGCGACUGCCUGACUGACUGGCUCACGGCACGGUCCCCGGCACACGGUGCGUAUGAGUUAUGCAGCGACUGCAUGGAGCACCCAGCAGGAGCAGCAGCAGCACCACCCGGCCAAAUGAAGUUAAUAUAAAUUUUGCUUUACAACGGUGCUGGGCGAACGUGUGCGGCUCUGGCCGUUUAUACUGCAAAGUGGCAGCUAAUGCGUGAUUUUCGGAGCCAGCACGAGCACGUAACUGGCGUAAGUGCUGCUCAAUGGAAUCCUAGUAGCCCCCAAAAAUGGUUGCCAGCUAGGAGAUCGCAACAUGAUCAUCAAGGCUUUAUGAAUGUAUCUUUAGAGCCUAGAUAGUUAAAUUCUUUGAGUUAUAAAAGCAGUAACACUUAUAUUAUAUAUUUUAAGUAAGCAUUCGUGGGCAUAAUUACUUUGAUAGUGCUCUUCCCAAUGUUUUUGCAAAAUACUUGGUGAAAUCUCUAAGAUCCCUGAUAAGCAGUCAAUCCACAUUAAUCCUACUCCUGGCAGAGCUCCAUGAUUUUAUUACUGCAGCAACUACCCAGCUGAGAUCAUAAAAGUGAAAAUUCUCAUUACCCAGCGGAGGUCCGGAGGAUGAUGAAAGCGAUUUCGGCUGGUUACUGGCUUCUGGCCGCCUGCACAUGACACAUUAUCCACAAUUAAACAUGCAAUAAAUUUACCUUAAACACGCAUAAAUUUAUAAUGUAAGGGACAGGGUUUUUUUUAAUGCCAGCGUUCGUACUCUUUUUUGUCAAUAUUUUUUUGCCGUUUGUAGUUCAUUAAAAAAUAAUUAAAAAUUGUAAUCGACGCAAUUUUGUGCCUGCCUUUGCACAAUUAUUUAUGCUCACAAAAAGCACACAAUGAAAGGGCAUUAAUUUGCACUCGUGUCAACUAUAAGUGUGCGGUAGAUAAAUUAAAAGUAAACAAGUGAAUAAAUUUUGUAAAAAUUAUUAAAGUUCCCACGAGCAGAAGAUAGCCGCUCCCAGCAAGAUAUUUAAGAUUUUCCUG